CGUCUCCCAAGAAACUUCGCCUAGAAGGCAAAAGAAGCCAAGAACGCGGAGAGACCAAGGGGGACACGCGCUCACAGGGUCAUUAAAGACGAAAACCACCUCGAACAUCGACGGCAAUGAAGGCCAAAUCCCCGCCUCAUCUCCGAAACUCUCCGCUCGUCGUCCUCUUCCUCGCAGCAGUAGCAGCAGCCUCCCUCGUUGAGAUCGCCAUGGCGGCCGAGCCCGAGCAGGCACCCGCGGCGCCGGUGGCGGCCGUGCACAUCGUCUACGUGGACCGCCCCGAGAGCGCCGACGCCGAGGAGUUCCACAUCCGCACCCUCGCCCCCGUCCUCGGCAGCGAGGAGAAGGCGAAGGACGCGGUCCUCUACCACUACAAGCACGCUGCCAGUGGCUUCUCUGCCAAGCUCACCCCCGAGCAGGUCGAGGACCUCAAGAAGCAACCAGGUGUUCUUCAGGUUGUCGCGAGCCAGACUUACCAGCUCCAUGGAACUGGUGGUGGACAUGCCGGCGCAACGCAUAGCAUUGGACUUAUGUGAAGCCUGACUGCCUGAGUAGGCUUUUGUUCUAGUAUGAAGAAUGGUGUGAUGGAUGCAUCUCAUGGCUGUAUUGUAAAAAUAAGAGAUGUAUCCACAAGUAUUUCUAAUGGAUACAUUUUAAAUGAAGUGUGUAAAGAACAUGCAUAAUGCGUAUGAGUUUGAUACAGUUAUGAUUGCAAAUAAAUCAGCUUAUUUGAUACAA